CAUUUUAACUUAACACCGGUUGCCACGCUGGAGGCGGCCAUCUUGGAAAACAACAACCGGUAGAAACACGAAAUUCGCCUUUUAUUGAGUUUCCGAUACAAAUUAACAAUCUAAAUCAUGCAUUUGUUAGCUUAUUUCACGUUCGCGGUGUAUUUAUCCGUUUCUCUCGGAGGUGAAAUGACUUUUGAGCUGCCUGACAACGAAAAACAAUGUUUCUUUGAAUCGGUGGAGAAAGGAGUUGAAAGUACACUGGAAUUUCAGGUUAUAACCGGUGGUCAAUAUGAUGUAGACAUGGAACUGGUCUCACCUAAUGGGAAAGUUUUGUACAAGGGUGUCAAGAAACAAUACGACAGUGUCACAUGGAAGGCGGAGGAAACCGGCAUAUUUAAAUUCUGUUUUAGCAAUGAGUUUUCUACCUUCACUCAUAAGGUUGUGUACUUUGACCUAGAGGUGGGAGAUGACGAUGACAAGCUGUUUAAGUCCAUAGAUUCCCAGGCGACGGCAAUGACCUUUAUGGAAACUGCCAGUCACGCCAUCCACGAGAGCAUGAGUGACGUCAUCGAUUACCAGACGCACUUUAAACUACGCGAGACCCAAGGGAGAGCAUUCGCAGAGGACUUGAAUGCACGAGUUAUGUACUGGUCCAUGCUGGAAUCUUGCACUGUCCUUUUAAUAGGCAUCGGGCAGGUUUUGGUUUUGCGCAGCUUUUUUACUGAGAAGAAAACCUCUGGAAUACCGGUUAUUAGAUAAUACUAUUUUUACUUAGAUUACUUAUUUGCCGUCUAAGAGCCAGAAGUUCGUUGACUUAUGGCCCUUUAUUAUCUCAUGACGGAUUUUGUUUCCAUUUUCUUUUUUCUGCUAUUUUUUAAAUGCAUAAAUAACUCGAUGCGCGAUCCCUCAUUUUAGCGUAUAAAACUAACAGAUAAACGAUUUUUAUAUUUGAGAAAAUAGUCAUUUUUUCAUGAAAAACACUUAUGCGUAUUGCAUUUUUUUAUUAAUAAAUAAAUACACGUCAAAAUAAAUUUGAAAAUAUAAUGCCACAUUCGCCGUCGAUGUGCUCUGUUUACUUUACUUUUCUUGAAGGUGCUUUUUAGUAAAAUAUGGUUAGUUAGUAUGUUAACAAAUAAAGAACAUAAUCAGUAACUAUAAGAAACUAACAAGCCGAACAAUAUACCGAAACGUAUGGUUACUUUUUAAAAGGACUUGUUCCUAGACUGUCGCUAUGACUUUCGGUAAAAUUGUGUGUCAUAUAAUAGAACAAUAAAAGAACAGUAUACAUCAGGGAUAGCUAUGUCACUUAAGGCGUAGACUCAUAAGGACAAUGGAGCUGUAUUAAUGAAUUAUCAUCAGUUGAAAUUGAUUAAAUAAAAAAGCGUUACAAACGCAAAAAAAUAAAUAGUUUGGUGUUGAAAUAUUGCUCUACUUUUCCGUGGUUAAACUACAUAAAUUUAAGGUAUUUAUUGACACACUUCGAAAAAUGUCUCUAACGGUAAAUAAAUCCUUUAAACCUGUUUAUUUCGAAACCGAUACUCUUACUUUUGAUGUACUUACAAAACUCUGAAAACGGUACUUAAUUCUUAGUUUAUAUUUGCAUGUUAAGAAUGGUUGAUUUUAUGUUUGAUUGAUUUCAGUACCAGGCAUGUUUAAUGACAAUUUUCGCAACUGUUUAUUUUUGCUUUUGGUACACGAGUAUUACUUUUUGUACUUAAAUAAUUGUUGGUGCCGUGUUUAGCCUAUUAUAUUACAAUUUUAUAUAAGAAAUUGUUUUGUUAUAAAUUCAACGUAUUUUGUUGACAUAUUAUGUGCAAUGAUUUUUCGUCAGAUUUAUUUCAGGUUAAGGCAUUUUGAUUUUGACUAAUGUUUUUCUUCUUUUUCUAAAUAUUUCCCUUUGUUAUUGGGGGCAUAUCAUUAUUGUGAAAUUUCAAUACUCAUGAACGAGAUGUCAAUUCUGAUUUGUUUUCACUUAUUAUAUGACCCGCGUCAUGCGAAAAAGGUGCUUAUGCUAUAUGUGCAUUCGCACAUUUUGUCAUUAUUGAGCAUGUCAAGUACGAACACUAUUUUUUUUGAAGAACCUCCCAAAACACUUUAAACUCUUAAUAUUUUGUGUAAUGAUUAAUUUUUUACAACUUUAAAACAGCGAUAUUAAAUGAUUCUCUGAUAUUAUGUACGUUAUCUUCCGUGCGUUAUGUUUCAUUGUGUGUGAGAUUUCUUUUGAUUUUCGUAUUAAAUGCAAUUACUAAUUUCUAUAAUAAUAAUUGCAAUGUCAGAACACAUGUUGGUAAAGCGCAAAUAUCUAUUUAGCUCUCUUUUACCAUUAGUUUUUUACCAUGGCCAUAAUCACAAAUGGGGAGGCAAUAUUUUGUUAUUGUUAGUUACAGAGACAACGGAAGAUUAAUAAAUAUGACCAAUAUGUAUGCUGAAACAAAUUAUUGAAUAAAAUGGAAUAAUUGUAUUGCUUUAAUUAUGUUGUGUAUGAUACGGAAUAAACUUAAUUAAGUAUGAGAA